AUGGCAAUACUACCACCUGAUCCAAUUUACGUUUUACGUGGGGACAUGGGUCCUGUUCACUGUCUUGAUUUUAGAAUUUCUCCCUACGUUGAGCACCUCUACGCUGGUGCUGAAAACGGUUGUGUUGACAUUUGGAAUGCUGAUGGAUCUAAUUGGAUACUUGAUAAGACUAUUGAUACCGAUUACUGCGGAUUUUCUAGAUACCAGAUUUUGACUGAUGAUAUAAUUCUUCUUCCACUACCAAACUCGCAGGUCGGAGCCUUAUCUUUGACUACUCAAGAAUUUGUUUAUAAAUUGGAUCCAAUGGUAUCUAAAGUGCCCAAACCUCUUGGUGAAGUUAUGGCGAUUAAAAAUUGCUCACUUGAAAAUAAUAUUAUACUUAUUGCGUACGAAAGUGGUGACAUUGCAGCGUGGAACAUCAAAGACCGCGUAGUUGUCAGUUGGUUGAAUACCGACUCUUGCCCGAUGACUAUUAAUUUUGAUAACUAUUGGAUGCGAGGUAUUAUCGGUAACCCAACAGACAAAUUAGAGGUUUUUGAUCUGAACAAAAGCAACCAGCUGGUCCACAAGACAUCGAUAACUCUUAAAAAUAGCGGGACAUCUGUAAUUGCAUCUCGACCAGACUCGAAAGUUUUUGCUGCUGGCGGUUGGGACGGACGAGUCCGCAUAUUUUCGUGGAAAACGCUUCGGCCCCUUGCUGUCCUUAAUCAACAUAGAUCUAAUAUUUUUGAUAUUAUUUAUUCAAAGGAAAAAGUCCAAGCGUUUAACAAUAAGAAUCUAAUGGCUGCAGCUGGCAAAGACGGUACAGUCUCACUCUGGGAUCUCUAUAAUCAAUAA